AGUGCGCCGGCUGAUAUGGAGGCCUCCGAUGGGCAAGAGGGUGAAGGGGACAAGCCACUAGAGAAGGUGACAGAUGGACCCCGCAUAGAGGGAAGAUCCUGCACCAGCCUUGCUAGAGACUCACUUGUGUGCCAAGCCAAGGGCCUGAGCCAGGACACCUUCAAAAUUUGUAAAGAAUGCCUAAGGCCACUGAAGAAGUUCCUGCGAAAGUUGCACCUGCCCAGGGACCUUCCCCAGAAGAAGAAGCUAAAGUACACGAAGCAGAGCCUGGUAGUCUUAGGGGACCACAUCAACACCUUUCUGCAGCACCACUGCCAAGACUGGGAAAUCAAGCACUGGAGGAAGAUGCUCUGGCGAUUUGUCUCCCUCUUCUCAGAACUGGAGGCAAAGCAGCUUCGCAGGCUCUACAGGUACGCCAAGAACGACCAGACGGCCAAGUUCCUGGUGGCAUUCUGCCCCAUGGACACCCUGGAGAGCUCCUUGCUGGUUGACCAGGAGGACAGUCUGCCCAAGCUCUGCACUGCAUGGGGGCUGCACAGCCGCAUCAGCAGCAUGAAGGAGAGGCUGUCCAAGAUGCAGGCCCCGAUGCGAGGCCACGCUGCUGGGGGAUCCCAGAGACUGUCUACGACCUUCCUUUUUUCAGGUUCUUUCAGGAAACUCCCUCAAAAGCCAAAACUCAAGAGAAAGGGGAUUAAGGAAGCCCCAGAAACUCCAGAGAUCUGCCCAUAA